AUUGUUUUUUUUUUCGUUUUUUACCAUUUCACGUUGUCAAAACUCGAAAUAGGUACCGUUCUUCUGUUAUGUUAUGUUGUUAUGUCGUAAAUUCUGAUCUGAAGUGUUGUUUCUUAUUUCGUUGUUUGUUGUUUGUUGAUGCCGUUGACGAAUUCUGCUUUUUUACUUUUUAGUUUACACCUUCAGUCUGAAUUGUUCACAUUCAAGUUAAGGUAGUUCGUGAUAAAAAUUGUUAGUUUUUUUGGAAGGGUAAACUUCAUAAUGAUCAACUUGUACAGAUACAAAUCUCAUUAUUUUUCAAUUGAAAAUAUUUUGGCCUCUCAAGAAAGGGUUCCUUGUAAAUUUACAAAGAAGAUUUUAAACAUGGGCCAUCUAGAUCCCAGUUCGGAGACUAAAGACAUGGAGCAAGGAACAUCACUAGAGUUGCCUUACUGGAUUGUCAAAACGUUGUCCAACAGGGAAGUCAAUGUUCUUGAAGUUGAACCUCCAAAAAUAUUUAAAGAAAACUAUAGGGACAUCUUAAAGGCUGAUGCAAAUGUUGUGGAUCUGCACAAAAUGUGCAAGUUUUUCUACCAGUUCGGCAAACUGCUUUCCUAUAUCGAGACCUGGAAUGGGAGAGAAAUCCGCAAUAUGCUUGUGGAGACUUUCCGCAACAGAUUCCGUCAGUUGAUGGACUGGGCUCAGAACAUGUCAGCUGAUCAACAAAUCCUGGAUACAUUGGACCAUCUUGAGAAACAGGUGUUAACCCACGCUCGCGAAGCUCAAGCUAGACAAGACAGCUGGUUGGCCUGCGGAGUCAGUAUGAUCGUAGCAGCAGAAAUGAUCGUCAACCACAAGAAACGGAAACUGUCAGCUCUUGAUCUACGAUAGGUUAGAUUUUAGAAAGCUUUUAAGUAUUUGUAAUUGAGUUUUAAAAAGAAGAAGUGUACAGUUUUUUUAUGCUGAAAUUAUGAGCUUUAGUUAGGGUUGUACUAGUUUCAAUUAAACAUUGUUUGAUCUAUUGUAAUACAAGAAGUCUGAGAUGGGUCAGAUUAAAUGAAAAAUCCAAAUUUCUCUUGAACUAAACCAAAUUUACUAAGGCAAUAACCAGUGUUAUGAGCAUAUACUGCCCAUUGUAACUUUCCACGGUCACGAUAAACUGGAAACAUUUCUGCUCCUGUGUUAAUUGUUGUAACCAGGUUUUAAAUACAAUAUUCUGUGCUGCAGUAAUGAUUUUUUUUUAAAUUUAACAUACUUUUUCCUACAGUUACCUAACAAUGUAAUGUUCUCUCACUGAUUUGAGAAA